AGAGACCAAAAUAAUGCCGAGCGCAGACGUUACCACGGUGAUGAUUGCGGCAGUGUUUUUUUCUGUGGGUUUGAACACUCUGGUGAAAGCAAACCUGUCGAGUGGCAUGAGCAAUUUCGUUUUCGUUGCUUAUUCCAAUCUCUUCGGAUUCUGUUUUCUGCUAACCGCAACCACCCUUCGUUACCGAAGCAGAUCUCCCCCACCGCUCAAUAACUCCAUUGUCUUCAGAGCUUUUCUCCUUGGCUUCUUCGGUGUUUUCAUUCAAACGCUCUUUUAUAUUGGGCUUGGAUAUGGCUCCCCUACUCUCAGCUCAGCCACAGAAGAUCUUAUUCCAGCUUUCACUUUCAUAAUCGCCGUUGUUUUCAGGAUGGAAAAGCUGGACCUAAAACUAAGAAGCUGUCAAGCAAAAACCAUUGGGACUGUGGUCUCAAUCGCAGGGGCAUUAACGGUGACUUUAUACAAAGGUUUGCCUAUAACAAGUGAUGUGAUCCGAAACAACAUAUUUCUCUCAUCUCAACAAUCACAAUGGCUGCUAGGAGGAUGUAUCCUAUCAACUGCUACCUUUACUGCUUCACUCUUAAUUGUUAUUCAGACAUGGACAAUUAAGGACUACCCAGAGGAGCUAAUGCUAAUUACCAUUGCUACAAGUUUCUCUUUAUUCCUAUCUUUCUUAGUUGCUUUUAUUGCAGAGAAAAAUCCCAAGGCAUGGAUACUUAAGCCUGAUAUGGAAUUGGUGUGCAUAUUUUGUAAUGCCAUUAUAACAGUAUGUACACGAGGUGUGGUGGAUGCAUGGGCAUGUCGAAAGAUGGGAGCUGUAUAUGUUGCUAUGUUCAGUCCUUUAGGAAUUGUGUUUGCACUUGUUAUGGGAAUUAUAUUUCUGGGAGAAACUCUUUAUCUUGGAAGUGUGAUAGGAUCUGCUGUAAUAGCUAUCGGAUUUUAUUCUGUAUCAUGGGGUCAGGCAGAAGAGGAAAAUAAGACUAGUGAAAAAGAUGGAGCCUAUGGCAUUAUCCCUUCAUCUGAAAGCGCCCUCUUACUGCAUACAAGCAAAGACACAAUGAUAACAUAAAAGGUUUGAGGACUUUUAUCCUUUGAUAGAGACAGACAUUCUUAGAUAGUUGAAGUAAAGUCAAAUAUCUUAAAUGUUUGCCUUCUAUUUCAAGAGUGCUUGAUACCGGUCACAACUACAGCAACUGCCAAGUCAUUAAUUUUCCCUUUUCACACCUCUUGUCAAUUCUUGAAUAAAAUAUUCAUAGCAAAUAAGCUGUAGUACAUUCUUUAUUUCUACUUUAUUCUUAUAUAUUUA